GUUUCUAGCAAGUCAAACUAUCUGUUCCUAAUUUCGAUUUCAAGAUUUCCCUGAUUUGAGGAUUGACUUAUUGCUCAUCGUCCAUUGUCGUCCUCAGUACGUAUUCGUAAUAAAAGCAAACAAUAGUUAUGUAAUGUUUGAAAUCUGUCAAUGAAUACUGAAAAUAAAUCCAAGCUAACAUUAUCAGAUUGUGUUUGUGAUAUUUGUCAGUGCUUUAAUAAUAAACUAGAAAAUAAACAAUAUACUCAUGUUAAAUGUAAAUUGAAUGAUAAAGUUAAAUUAUGGAAUCGUUACGAAGGAAUUGUGAAAUUUAUUGGUCCUAUUCAUUUUAAAAGUAAUGUCAGUGUUAUUCUUGUUGGCAUUGAAUUAGAUUCACAUAUUUCUAGAAUUACAUUAAAUAAUUAUAAUCUCUACUGUGAUCAAAUGAAACGUAUUCUUGUACCAACAACAUUUUUUACAUUAUUAUCACCAGGACAACGUGGUUAUCCACAAAUUAAAGGUUUUAAAAUGAAUCCAAAUUAUAAAUUAAUACAGAAAAAUCGUGAACUUUAUAAAACUAUUGAUCCAAUAUUGUAUCAGUUGAGAUUUCGAAGAUAAAUGGAUAAAAGGUACUCAUAUUGAUAGAAAGAGUUUGAUAAAGAUGAAGAAUAUAAUGGAAGGGUCCAAGUAUUAUCUGUUCAAUAUUCCAUACUUUAAUAAUUGAAGCAUUAUAUCAUUAUAAAUGCUAUGAUGUAUAUAUAUAUUCUAUAUAAAUA